AUGCCAGACUACAUGCGAAGAUAUACUACCGAUCACAGUACGAGUAGUAGAGGUUCCCGUCAGAGUGAUGAAUCCUCUCGAGAAUCUCAUAGUACAGCACCAACUUCCAUAUACAACAGUCCUCGACCAUCAAUUCAUCAAUAUCAACCCGAGAGACCUAUCUAUUACCACAAAGAGUCUAUAGAUUUAUCUCCCAGCGACAUGUCACCCAUAGAUUAUCCUCGCUCAUCCCAAGAAACAUAUGCAUCCACAUCUGCAUCCCAAGAAGAUCUCUAUGAUGAACCCGAAAGCUAUGAUCCAGAAUAUGACGUCCCGGAAUAUAAAACCGUGGUUAAAAGUAAUCUGAGACCAUCCACUGCUCAUGAUUUCGCCCGAUAUUUCCCUUCCACCAAACGUCUUUACAUCCGUCAUGAUGAUACUUCAUAUGAUGGAAAUAUGAAUCUUCGCGUCGACACCGAAGAUGGUCAUGGUCAAGAUAAAGAAAUCAUCCAACUCUUUCAUCUGCGCAUGCACGAUCUCAAGAAUCGCGAAUUCAGUCUCCGUCGCUACGAACGCUCAAGUGGUCGCGAAGUAUGUCACUCGAGUCGCAAAUACGCUAAACCCACUGAGAGAAGACCUUCUGUCUUGACCCGUUCCGUCAGUAGCGCCUUUGCAAGUAUACGCAAACCCAGCAUUUCUCGACAAAACUCGACAACUUCACCCACCAAGCCCAUGGGAGGAGUUCAAAGACACGAUAGCGGAUACGCAUCGAAUUCCGAAUCUGACUCUGAUGUCGAAGCAUUCAUGGCUUCGAAAAAAGCAGCCGCCUCUUCCAUCCCUACCAAUACAACGAAACUUGAAUUCUCAAAUUAUGCGCAAAUCGAAGUUAAGCGUCGAGGCGCAAAAUCGCAAAAGAGAUAUGAGUUUGAAUAUUGGGGAUACUCAUAUUCAUGGAAACGAGUAGUGGAGAAAGAUGGCGAGGGAAAAGCAAUUUCGUAUCAUUUGUUCAAAGGAGAUUCUAGUAAUGCAGUAGCGCAUAUCGUACCGGAAUUGCGAUCGAGAGAUCAGAUUCGAGAGGAGGAAUUGGUGGGGGGUUGGGUCCCACCGUGUCAAAUGUGGAUUAGUGAGAAGAGUGUCUUGGAAAAGGUUACGGAUGUUGCUGACGUCAUUAUCUCAACUGGCCUCAUAGCCCUCGUCGACGAUAGCAUCAAGAGACACUUCCAACCUAAACCCACUUCUUCCCAUUGCAAUUCCCACUCCAACUCCUACACCACAUCUACAUCCCCACACAUAACCACAUCCACACCCCCUCAUCCCCAUUCCCAAGCCCUCUCUUCCCGCUCAUCACCCCGCACCCUCCCUCUCCCUCCCCUCAACAUGAAUCUCGAAUUCGUCGGUCCCCGCGCCAUGGUCGAACACAUGUUCAAGAGACGCAACUCGGGGGGCUCGAGUAAAUCGAAAGAAUACGAGGAGAAGAGAAAACAUUCUCCAUUGAGAUAUGCACAAGGUGCGGGGUUGGGAAGAGUGUAA